AUGUGGAUCACUUCAGCUGCGGAUCUAUGGAAGGACUUGAAGAAUCGAUACUCUCAUGGUGAUAUUUUCAGAGUUGCUUCUUUGAAAGAAGACUUCUAUGCUGCUAAACAAGGUGAUCUCUCUAUCACUUCCUAUUUUGCACAAUUAAAGUCAAUUUGGGAAGAAUUUGAAAGUCUUAGAGCCAUUCCUAGCUGUAUAUCCUGCUCAGAUAAUUGUACUUGUGGAUUGAAAGUUGUUAGAGAAUAUGCUUCAGAGGAAUUUGUUGUGAAAUUUCUAAGAGGAUUAAAUGAGCAGUAUGCUGGUGUGAGGUCUCAGAUCAUGUUAUUGAGACCUCUUCCAAAUACAGAUACUGGAGCAACUCAGUCUACUUUCUCCAAAGGAAAAGGGAAAGAAAAGUCCAAUUCUGCCACAGGCAAAGGCAGUCACUCGCAGAAAACCUUUGGAAAAGGUUAUACAUCUAAGCAAUGUACUUAUUGUAACCGAAUUGGAUAUUUAAUUGACAAUUGCUACAAGAAAAAUGGAUUUCUAGCACACUGGAAACAGAAGAUAGCUAAUCAUAUUAACACUGAGGGUGAAAUUGAAGAUUCAGGUGUUGAUAUGGCUGAUUCUGGUCAUGAGGAAAGGAAUAAUGAAGUUCAACUUGCUCUAACUCAAGACCAAAGGGAUACCUUAAUGGCUUUAUUGCAGCAAUCAUCCAUCACAGUUUCGAGUAAUGUCAACCACAUCACUUCUUCUGCCACCUUAACUCAACCAAAAGGUAGACACAUUCUUAGUGCAUCAUGUUUUUCUGCAAAUUCUUGGAUUCUUGACAGUGGUGCCACUGAUCAUGCUUGCUUCAUCCAAGAUUUUUUUAAAACUUUCAUGCAUAUUAAACCAGUUUUAGUAAAUCUACCUGAUGGGUCAAAAACAACUACAAACAUUUGUGGAACUGUGCAGUUGACAGCAAAUUUGAUCCUUACCAAUGAGCUUCCAUCUUUGAGGAUGAUUGGGCAAGCUAAAGUUAUUGGUGAUCUCUAUGUGAUUGAAGCAACACCUCAACAAUUGUCAUGUCCCUCUGUUAAAGCUUUUUCUACCUCAUUCAUGCAAUAUUCAGUACACAUCAUGAAUAGAUUACCUAGUGCUGCUCUCAAAAAUCAAACUCCUUAUAAAGCAUUAUUUAGUUCAAAACCAGAUUUAAUGCAUUUAAAAGUGUUUGGUUGUUUAACCUUCGCAUGCACACUUACUAAUGGAAGACAUAAAUUAGAUUCAAAGUCUAAAAAGUGUGUUUUCUUGGGUUAUAAGCCUGGAACCAAAGGGAGUAUACUCCUGGAUUUAAAAACUAGAGAAAUCUUUCUCUCCAGAAACACUGAGUUUUAUGAAUUGGUUCUACCUUUUAAACAAAUUUUGUCCACUGAACCUACCAUUGAUAAUCCAACACUUUCACUAAUUGAACAAAGCACUAAUUCUGGUUCUCAUUUACAUAUGGAUCCUUUUCUUAUUUUUCAUGAUUUGGACCGUUCUGAAUCUGUUUUACCUACUGCAUCAACUACAGCUUCUAAUGAUCAACAUCAAACCUUCACACCAGCAUCCUCAUCUAAAACCAAUUCACCUUUGCAUGAUUUAAAUAUCUCAGAGACAGCUGCAUCACCAUCUUAUUUGCACAAUCAUCAUGAUUCUGACCCUAUGGUUUUACCUAAUGCAUCUCAUCCUAGUUCUGCCAUUGAAGUUUCAAAUUCUGUCGAUGUUGCUGAGCUGAGAAUAUCAACAUGGACAAGAAACCAACCCUCGUAUUUGCGAGACUAUCACUGCCUUGCAGUAAAUUCACAUAGAGAUUCCAAGCACGCUGUUGCUCCAUCCUCAACAUGUAAGUAUCCUAUAUCCCACUAUUUGUCUUAUUCAUCCUUUUCCCCUAAACACCUAGCUUAUACUCUUGCACUCAUGAAUCACCCUGACCCGAGACAUUAUUCUAAGGCUGUCAUGCAUGAUUGCUGGAGAAAGGCUAUUAAUGCAGAACUGGAAGCUCUUGAAUUAAACAAGACCUGGACCAUUACAGCUUUGCCUCCUGGCAAGAAUGCAGUUGGCUGCAAAUGA